UUUUGUCCAAAAAGAAUAAGUGCAAACAUUUAGUUAUCAAAAUGUUGUGUUAUUCUUUCCUUUUUUCAAUUUUUUAAAAUUUUAUUUCUAUUCUUUAAGUGCUCAUGACCUAAGUUUAAGCUUGUAAUAAGGCAUUUCAUCGCUUGAGUGAUCUUCGCAGUCCGUUGUUCUCUCACUGUCAAGGUGACUGUGUCCUGGGACAGAUGAAUGGAAACCCAAGCCAGCCCGAGCCUGUGCUGCAGCUACUGUUUCCAAUAAGGCAGGCGUUAGGCAGAUCCUGGUUAACCUCUAACAUGUAACCGGGGCAGUAAGAGGCCCAGAUGGGAUCCAGAAAUAUUCUGUGAAAGUCCACAGGUCUCAAGAAUGCAGUACUUCCCCGCGUCUGAUUUUAUAGCAGCUGCUUGAGAAACCUUACAGGGAGAUAUGGGAGAUUUCUUCAGUUCUGUGGUUUAUUUUUUUCUUCAUAUCAUACAUAAAUUUUUUGUGGCAGUUAAACACUUCCUGAAGAUCUUACACAGGCCAAAAGGAGCUGGUAAAAGUAAAUUCUAGGUAUACAAAUAAGUUGUACGAAAAUAGCAGCUUUCAAAGCAAAUAAACGCAGGAGGUCCUUUUCCAAAAUUAAAUAGGCUGGGAUAAAUAUCUUUCAGUAUACUGAACCAAAGGGCUUUUACCUUUUUUUUUUUCUUUUUUAAGAACAAAAUCCAGUUUCACUCAGCAAGUUUGGGCUGAAUGAUUACAAAAAUAAUACACAGCAACACUUUCAGGCAGAAAAGGGUGAAAUGGGUGUUGAAAAUUGUGUCAUUUCUUAGUGCCCUUACACUGUGAGGGGCAGUGACGGUGUGAUGAAAGGCCCUUUUCACACCACACAGAGAAAGCUGUUUUGCAGGUGAACACAAAGACCCAGUAUAUGUCCACAAUUUACUAGCCGAAAGAUUUUCAGUUAGAACAUUUUUCUACUGUCUAGACGCAACCAAAAAACCCAGGUGUCGUCUAGCAUGGAGACAUUUUAUGACACUGCACAGAACUGAACUGAACUAUCUGGGUUUCAUGUUUGAGUUUCCUGAGACAUUACAAGUAACUCCCAGGUUUCAGCGAGCUGUCUAGAUCUCACGGAUGAGGAAAAGAGUUUUCAUUACUAAAAUCUUAGAAAAUGAACUCAUUUAAGUAACUUGCUACACAUAAAAAGUAGUCUGGAGGUGGUUUUUUUUCCUCCAGCUUUUACAGUAUUGAUUUGAUGAGCUUUGGAUGAAAAAGAUUCUUAAUUUGUAACUGUGCUUGUAAAGUGAAUAAAACUAAGCAAAUAUAAAUACAAAAUGUGCAUAUGCUGUAUACUGUAGACACACGCUCUCAUACACCAUAUGCACUUCAUCCUCCCUGGGUAGUAUUUGCUUUUUAUGUAUGCGCUAUAAAUAAUCCCCAAGUGGGACUUUGCAGUAUCCUAAGGGUGGGUGAUAUCGGUUGUCUGCAAUGCAGGGCCGGCUGCUGGGAGUUCUGCCUUCUCCUCUAACCUUGAUCCUUGUGUUCUCUUGGGGAGUCUUCAAGAUGGCAGCAGUGAUAGAAUUCAACAACAUCCAUUCGGUGUCUGAAGUGCCAGAAGAAGAUGAUGCUAAACACAGCUUUCAUCACAGAAUGUUUUUGGAACCUCAAGAGAAGAAGAGGAACAUGAAGGCUCUGGUGGUUAAGCAAGCAAAGAAAACUUGCAGCUGCACUCCAGCCAAAGUUAAAGACUGUGUUUUCAGUCUCCUUCCUGUCUUGCAGUGGCUUCCUAAGUACAAACUGAGAGAGUACCUACUGGGAGACAUAAUGUCUGGUCUGAUUGUGGGGAUCUUGUUAGUCCCACAGUCAAUUGCAUAUUCUCUCCUGGCUGGGCAGGAGCCUAUUUAUGGCCUUUAUACAUCCUUUUUUGCAAGCAUUAUUUAUUUCAUAUUUGGAACCUCCCGCCACAUCUCAGUUGGCAUCUUUGGUGUGCUUUGUCUGAUGGUGGGACAAGUGGUGGACCGUGAGGUACAGAGAGCUGGCUAUGACUUAGAGCCAGCUGCUCUUAGUGUCCAUGCAGAUACAGUAACAUACGUAAACACCACCAUUUCCCUUGUGAAUCAGACAUCACGUCAGCCAUUCUGUGAUAAAAGCUGCUAUGCAAUUACUGUGGGAGCCACCAUGACCUUCAUAGCUGGAAUUUAUCAGGUGGCCAUGGGUUUCUUUCAAGUGGGCUUUGUCUCAGUGUACCUCUCCGAUUCAUUGCUCAGCGGAUUUGUCACAGGUGCCUCCUUUACCAUCCUGACCUCACAAGCCAAGUAUCUCCUGGGCCUAGACAUUCCACGGAGCAGUGGCAUCGGCUCCCUUGUAACCACAUGGAUAAACAUCUUCAGAAACAUACAUAAGACCAACAUUUGUGAUCUCAUCACCAGCUUCUUAUGCUUUCUUGUUCUCAUCCCAACCAAAGAGCUUAAUGAACACUUUAAAUCCAGGCUCAAGGCUCCAAUACCAGUUGAAUUAGCUGUGAUUGUGGUAGCUACUUUGGCAUCUCACUUUGGGAAGCUGAGAGAAAAUUACAGCUCAAGUGUUGCUGGACACAUCCCAACAGGGUUUCUCCCUCCUCGCCCUCCAGACUGGAACCUGAUUCCUCAUGUGGCUUUGGAUGCUCUCCCCAUAGCUAUUAUUGGCUUUGCCAUCACUGUCUCCUUGUCAGAGAUGUUUGCCAAGAAGCACGGUUACACUGUGAAGGCCAAUCAAGAGAUGUAUGCCAUUGGCUUCUGCAACAUACUUCCCUCUUUCUUCCAUUGCUUUACAACAAGUGCAGCCCUUGCCAAGACACUUGUUAAAGAGUCCACAGGUUGUAGGACACAGCUAUCUGGCAUGGUGACUGCUUUGGUCAUCCUAUUAGUCCUUCUUGUGAUUGCACCUUUAUUUUAUUCCCUUCAGAAAUGUGUCCUUGCUGUCAUAACCAUUGUAAACCUCAGAGGAGCCCUGCGGAAGUUCAAGGACCUGCCCAAAAUGUGGCACUUGAGCAAAGUGGACACAGUGAUCUGGCUAGUUACUAUGGCAUCCUCAGCACUCAUAAGUACUGAGAUUGGUCUUUUGGUUGGUGUUUGCUUCUCUAUGCUCUGUGUCAUUUUUCGAACUCAGAGACCAGAGGCACCGCUGCUUGGCUGGGUGGCAGAGUCUGAAACAUAUGAAUCCCUGUCUGCUUAUAAGAACUUGCAAACCAAGCCAGGCAUCAUGGUGUUCCGUUUUGAAGCACCCCUCUACUACAUCAACAAAGAAUGCUUUAAAUCCACCCUGUACAAGCAAACUGGAGUUAACCCGGUCUGGGUGAAGGCAGCAAAGAAAAAGGCAGCAAAGAGAAUGCUUAGAGAGAAAGGGGUGGAUUCUGGCGGCAAACCGACCAGCAUCUCGGUGGAACUUGUCUCUGAACCCCUGGAGUUUCACACAAUAGUGAUUGACUGUUGUGCAAUACAGUUCCUGGACACGGCUGGAAUACGUACGCUCAAAGAGGUCUGCAAGGAUUACAGAGAGAUAGAUGUCCAGGUGCUACUGGCCCAGUGCAACCCUUCUGUGAGGAGUUCCCUGAUCCGGGGAGAAUUCUUUAAAGAGGGGGAGGACCACCUUCUCUUCCACAGUGUGCACCAGGCUGUGGACUUUGCAUUGGGUGUGCAGGAGCACAACAGGAGCUGUGCUUCUAAAAACUAGUUGUGGGAUGAUAGCAAUCAUGAACGGGUCCCCCCACACCAUGGGUGUGGGUUGAUAUGUUUGUAUAUGCAUUAUAUACGCACUCAGACAGAUAAAAAGAGGCAGGGUUGUUUUUAAUGCAUUGGUUACUACCAGUGUGUUCUGAUGCUUUAAUUUGCCUGCCUAGUGAUUCAAUAGGUGGUACUAAAUGAAGGCAAUUCUUAACUUGAUCAUGGCCUGUCUGUGAACCUAACAGUUUACAUACAUAUGUUCAUCUCGUUUCUCUUCUCUCUUGAACUUUCCAUGUCCCAGCUGCCCUCUGAGUUUAGAUCAUCAGCAUUGACGUCUUUAUCACAACCCUGUCUUUCUGCAAGGGACUUGAUUUUGAAGCUCUCCAUCCUUCCUGGCUAAUUGAAUAAUAUGUGGCAGUUCAUUUCUUGUCCCUAGUUUCUGGCGAUAGGCUCCCACAUGAUCACACCCUCCUAUUGUCUAAGGAAUGACUGACAGGGACUGUUUGCUCUGGAGUGAUUAGUUAGUGAUUUUAUAGCCUCCCUGAUUUUGGAACAGAUCAAUAAAAUCUAAAAAUGGAGCAACAAGUGUUAAAGAAUAGCUUAUAACUGCCUAUCACCUCUAGAUACUUUGUCAUUGUCUUUUGACAGUAUAAUGCAGCCAGAUCCAUGGGGGCAUAGUUAUCUAAUUUCUACACGGGUCUUUACAUGCCAGGAAAGUUUGCCUAUUUAGCUUGAGUUCCUUUGGAUAAUCUGGACUGAUUUGUAUUCAGAGGUGAUUUAGAAGUCUGAUUCAUGGUUAAUCAUUUGUUUUCCUAAUAUCUAGGAUCUCUUUAGAAUUGCGGAUGUUAGAUAUGGAAAAUCUCCAAUUCAUGAGUUUCAGCACAAGACAGCCCCUUGCAGCCAGUUUUAUGUGCCAGGUAGACAGAAGCAUAGGCACCAAAAUGAAAAAGGCCUAAUAGACUAUCCAGCCUCUCUCUAAAUUCGUCAAUGUCACACAGAUUUCAUGUGUUGUUGAAUACAAAUGUCAUUGAACAUAGAGCCUUUAUACAUGCCUAGUCAUGAUCUUUAUGUAGUGGGGAUGGACAGGCCAAGAAAUAUAGGCAUUAGAAAGAGAGCUGGAGAAGAUUCUUCAGCUGAAAGUUAUUUCACCAUAUUUGUAUAAAUAAAAAUUUCUGCCUUGUUUUUAAAUUAUCCAGAACAAUGAAGAAUGCCUGCUUUUCAUGCUAAAGUACAAGCACUGAUUAGGAAAUGGUUCUCUUUUCUAAUAGCAAUAGCAUACAAUAUGAAGGCAGAAUUGAAGGGUUAACAUUUUUUACUAAAUACUAGCUAUAUGUUGCCAAUAGUACCUACUUGGAAGAUGAUGGUUCUCCCAGAGAAAUUUUCAGUCUGACUCACCAGUUCUUCACAGCUUUUAAAACUGAAAAGAUGUGGUAUGCAGACAAUAUUGUUAUCCUUAAUAGCUCAAAAAUCUUCAGUCAGGUGUCAGAAAGCCAUAAAAUGGAAUAUGAAUCAUUGAACAUUUUCUAAAUAGAAGUAUAUUUUGAGAGGGUUUUUUUUGAGCUAGGUCUAGUAGCUUUUCCUUACUUUCUAUGAAAGCUGAAGUGGUCAUGCAUGGUUUCACUUUAGAAGUUAGGACCUCAAGAGGAGCAAUAAAUAGCAGAAAGAUGAAUCCCAGGACUUGGCAAUCUUUGUAUGUUAGCUUGAAAUUACUAUGUUUUCUAGGGCAUCAUAGAAGCAAACAGAAGAAAUACUGGGGGGCAGAGAGGGUGGCUAUAGCAAAUGCUAAGAAGAUAACUGAGACUUCCUGAAUUAUGUGAAUUAUGUUGUAGCUUUGCAAGAGGAAACGACAGAUCUCCAAAUAUCAGAGAAAAGUGAAGCUUCCACAUAUUUAGCUUCCAGCUAAAUAUUUUUCUUUCUCAGCCUGAAGGCAUGUUUGCACAAGGAAAUGAAUCCAAAGUAGCCACUGCUGAUUUUUUUUCCUUUUCGCAGUAACUUCCUGUGCUAACUUUUUAAUUCUGUGCUAAUGCAGUUUGACUAAUUGUGAUUACUGGUUUAGUAUUACCGAAGUGGAUUAACCUAAGCCAUAUAAAAGCAGUUAAUGUGUUUGAGAAUGCCUGCAUAGGGAGUCAAUGCAGACUAGGUGUUAGGUUUUAAGUCCUCACCCAAUUUGCUUUGUGUUCAAUUCCCAUUCAGAGCCUCUGGGCCAAUGUCAAGAGAGAGCAGCCAUACCCUUGGCGGCACGUACCCAGGUGCCUGCUUCGGGAAGGCUUGUGGCUGCCUGGUCACCUGUGGCCUGCUGGUGGCAGCAGGGGAGAAAGGCAGACACCUGCACCUGUGAAUCCAGCAGCAGGCAGUGCCAAGGUCUGGUGGAAUCACUUUUCAGCAUGGUUUGCUCGCAGUACCAAAAGGCAUCACUAGAAUUUACGUUUUAAUAAAAGCUUGAACAUUAUAAUAUUUUUCAAGAGAGCAGCGUAGUGUGAGAAGCAGUGCCCUCCUCUGAAAAUCCUGCUGGGAAGUUAAAUAAAACAGACAAUAAGCAGUGUGCCUUGUUACUGUACACGGUCCUGCCAAGCGGCAGCUGCUCAUUUUCACCCCCUUGCCAGAUGUUCUCAGCCCCUCAGUCACAGCUCAGUCGUGGACAGCUGAGAGGGAGUGAAAGAGUGAGUAGCGGAUCCGGUGGACCAGGAGACUUCCUCUAAGGAAGAUCAGCUGGGGUGGAUAGAAGUAAAGUACAAAUGCUUGGGGUGAUUCUUUCACCUCUACACUCAAAACUUUUCUCUUGCCAGUACUCUUUCCAUACUGCCCAGUUGGAGAUUCUUUGCCCUAUGAGCUUGUGUAGCCGAAUUCUAACUGAGAAAGCAGAAAUAGUAAUUAUUUAUCAAACCUUAUUUUUUCAAAUCCAAGGUAUGAAGGUAGAAUUAACAAUGUUACUUCCAAGAGGUACAGGCUUUCCACAGCCAGCAGGAUGCUUGCUUUUAGCUCUUGGAUAUUUGCAUAAAGGCACUAUAAAACAGUCACAAAUUGGAUAUCAAAGAAUUAUUCAGAUUACAGCUAAAAAGAUAUGUAGUAUUGGUUUAUGUUUAGCUAGAGCACAUUUUAUUUGACCACUGUGCUGUUUGCACAGUCACUAAUGGCAAUUUAUCCUCUGAAUUCCAUUUAAAACAAAACACAAGCCGGAUUAAAAUGCAACAGCAAAAGCAGCCAGCCAAUCAAAAGACCAACUUUUUAUGUUUCUAUUUAAUAUAAUGUCCAGAGUUCAUAGCUUAUGCUCUGUAUUAAUGCACACAGCCCCAGUUAGAAGGGAGCAGAAAUAAAUACCACUUGCUGGAGCAUUCAGUAGAAUAGUCCUUUGACAUUAAAUAAAGAUUAGAGCUUAACAUGAUUGGAAUCUCUUAAAACAGUGGUUUUCAGCCUUCUUCCUUAUAGGCCGUGUACUAAUUUUGUAUCGGGGGUAUGAAUCUAAGUAAAUUUAAGCCUACUGGCAGGAAGCACACUUUUUUGAAUAUGUUUUAUGGACCCUUUAGAAGUAAUCCAAUUUCACAUUUAGGAAUCUAGGGACCACAUAUUGAAAAUUGUUGCCCUAAAGAAUUUGUUUUAUAAAGGAAUUUUAGAUUUUUUUUUUUGGCUGAUGUAUGAUGAUGUAUGCAGCAGGUAUAUGUGUCCAGUUGUGCCUUUGUGAUGUGCCUGUUUCUGUCCUAGAAAGGACUCUUCCGCCUUGAACAGUUUUAAAUAACUAGUGGCACUCAAGUACCAGAUUUCAAAAGGGGAAGUCUGCCAUACCUGCUGUCUUCUAGCCAACCAGAAAGCUUAAUUUGUGAUCUAUAGGAAGAUAAAACCCCCAUGAUCAUUUUUGUAAGCAUAUGGGAAUAUUAAUUUGUCAAAAACAGUGACGUUAAUCCCAAAUGCAACCUUCAGAACUCCAGACCAGAGUGGCAGAUUGUAUAAACUGGUUGAACUCCAUUGACUCCAUUCCCAAGUGUCCUAAUCCAGCAAUUAUCAGUCUAAAUGAGGAAUUAAGAGAUCAUUAGCACAUUCAUUAAUGAUAACAACACAACAUUAUGGAAAUUAAUACUCACAGUCUCAGCUAUACUCUUGCCAAAUGUCAGUCAGUCUUUUUUUCAUUUAUUGCUGCUAUAUAUAGCAGCUUCAAUUGCUCCUAAUGUGGCAAUUGCAUUAAUAAAAGAUUCACGUGUGUGGACCACGUGUGUGGACCGAAACAAUUUUCAGUCCACUUUGUAAAACAGGAAAAUAUAUUGCAGUGAUGUACAUCAUACUUUUGGGGCAGCUUACAAUGACAUUGUAAACCUUAGUUUUCUGCAAUUUAGCGAUCCUGAUUUCCUUGUAAAUCAUUGCAGCUCCAUUUAUUAUUCUCUAAUACACUGCAAGAUGCAUCUUCACCCACUUCGACACUUGCUUCUGUGUUUUGCUAUGAAUGACAUUGUGUAUGAUUGACUGUAAAUAGAAGAAUCAUUGCCUUUGUAUGUAUUGCUAUUACCUGUGACCUACUACUCAGUUUUGGUGCCAAAUCUUUUCAUAAAGCUAAAGCUUCUCAACGAAGAAUGUAAAACCAAAUCAACCCCACUCUUGGUUCUGAGGUUCUGGGCAGCCGGCAGGGCAGUACCUCUGUGUAUAUCCCCUUCUGUGAGAGGGAGCCCUGGAGCCUAAGCAAAGUAUGUGAAUAUGCAAGGGUUUGUGUAGAUGGACAAGUAAUAAUGCCUUCCAGGAAAAAUAAGGUAAUACAAAGAUGUCUUUAUUACGAGGAUACUAUGUGUACACAGCUCUGUGCCUUUUUCCAUAAUGAGUGUAAUAGUAACAUGGGGACCUAGUUCCUGUUCAGUGCUGCUGUAUGAGUCAGUGUUCCAUGCUAUGUAUAGAAGGGAUUUCUCUUUUCAUGCUUAUUUAUUUUUGUCUAAUUUAAUCUAAUUCUGCACUUGGCUCUCCCAUCCUGGACAGCUGAGCUUCCAUUACUUCUGCAUUCAUUCCUCAUCUGGCUACAGCAAUGAACAGAAAGAUUCUGUCUCUCUCAAGAAAGUAACCAGCAAUUCCUGCAUCUCUGCUAGCUUCUGCUGGCUUGUGCCAGAGGUCACUGGAAUCCACUGCUGAUGGGUCUGAAGUGCAGAGCCAAGAUGGUGCAGGCAGGAGAGCGUUCUGGUUGUGGCACUGGGGUUUUUAUGUCAGUUGAUACCCUCAGCCUCCCACAGCGUCGUGCUGAGAUCAGCUGUGAAUUUGUGUCUGCAUUGGAUCAUUGAUCUCCAUUGCUGUGCGGGCUUCCAUGGUGUGGUCCAGGCUUUCCAUGACCAAACCUUACUUGAGAAAACCAGCAAUAUUGCACAUCUUCUUGGGUCCAGUUCCUCAACUCUUUCACCCAAGGGCAGUGCUAAAUCCCUGUUCCCCAACACCUUUAGCUCUCUUUCAUGGGCACCAGUGCUUUUGGUGCUAAGAGUUUUUAAGUAGAUUGGAGCUGAGUCACCCGUGCAUUUUCAGGGUGAUCCUCAUUUCAGAAACAGUGCAGAAACACCCAGGCUGGCCUUCCACCGAGCCACACAGACGCAGAGAUCGCCUGGACUCUGCAUUGGGCCUCAACCCCUCUGUGCUCUCACCUCAGCCUAGAGGCGUGGCUGGCCAGUAGGAAAGCACUGGUCUAGAAGAAGAUCAUAGAAACUGGAGCAAGAAGAAAUCCUAGUGGCUGAGGGUGAAACUAUUCAGGCAAAUAGUUCAUUUCAGGAUAUUUUCUUGUUUUUCUUUUUUUCUUUCUUUUCUCCCACGCUGUUUGGAAAGAUGAUUUAAUGACAGAGGUGAUCUAAAUUUCUAUUUUAAUUUUUUUACUAACAUAAUUAUGCUAAUGAAGCUGUGAUGCAGAUAGCAGCCAUCUACUGCUAAUGCAAUAUAAGGUGCUUUGUAUCUGUAUAGCUUAUUUUGCUUUGCUGAAUCUCAGUCUAGGAUACCAUUAUAAGAUUUUUAUAUUGAUAUAACUGUCCACACUAGAAGGGUUUUGUGCUUUUACUAUGCUGGCAUAGUUAAAAGGGGCAAUGCCUUUAGUGCAGACAAGGCAGUGUGCCUUUGCGCUGUGAAUAAACCUGUUAAGUCCUAAGAAUUACUUGCACUUGAUUAUCCGGUUUGUAAGCCUUUAUAUGAUCAGCUGCUUAUGUGAAAAACUGCCUGAUCUUUUCUAUCCUAAUCAAAUUCCACCUGAAGUGGAACUAAUUUUUAAGUCUUGCUUUAUUUUUUAAGAUCAUUACAGUGCUAGAACUGAGGCCUCUGGUUAGGUAAUAUGGCAAAUAUUUAAAAUAUAUAUAUAUUUAAUACAUGGUAUGAUUAGUGCCUUUCUGUUUUGUUUCCUACAGAUGAUAUAAACUGUGUUGCUGUUUCUGUAAUGCGUAAAUAUGCAAACUAUUACAGUGUUUGAUGGUGAGUCAAAUCUCUAUUGAGUAAAUUUACUGCCAAAAGUAUUUGAACUCCAGAUCUAUCCAGCUCUACAAGCACUUAAUUCUUAGCUGGGUUCCAAAAUCAUCUCAGGAGUACACAGGAGGACAGGAGAAUAAAAAUUUCAUGGGACUUGGGUUCAAAUUUUUAAUGUUUCAUCUUUGACUUUAGGAAGAAAAUUGUAAUGUGUAUCUGAAAUGCAGCUGAAACAUGGCUAAAGAAAGGUGAAGCUUCACUUUGGGAAAGCUUCACUUUCACUUAAAACUUCACAUGGGAACCACAUGAUUUGACUUCAUCAGCCUCUUGAGUCACAUCUUCUCUGGUAUCUUGCUAUGUUCUGAGGUAUGAUUUUUGAACUAUUUUAAAUUCAGAAUAAUUAGGGGAUACUAUUUGUGACAUACUAUUUUGCAGAAUAAAUAAAAAGGCAAAUUUUGCUUAGAGUAGGCUUUUCAAGCUUGGAAAAUCAGUCUAAGCAAACAGAACCUCAGAAAUGGAAUAGAUCGCAUUGGUAGGCUGACCAAACACAUUUGCAAAGCAGUGUAUUUGAAUGAAAUUAGGAAAUCUUGUAUAGUAUAUUCAAAAGGCAGCCUUGUUUUCUUACUGUGAUUGUCUGUGACGUAUAAAUGUUGUAGUGGAUCCAAUGAGGUGUAAAAUUCCCGCAAUUCAAUGGAGGAAUUCAGAGUGUUGGGGAAGCCAUUUCACUCUGGUUUCUCUCCAUGCCGCAACUGUAUUUGUUAUCACAGACUUUCCCUUGUGCAGAGAAUGAGAAAAGCUGCAUUGCUCAACCAUCAGCUCUUCACCAAGUGCUGCAUGAACUGACCAAAAGUUUCUGAUGUGAGAGUUGUGUUUUGUCAGUCUUCUCGUUAUAUCCUACCAUCAAAACAUAAUUAUGGAUAUAUUCUCUGCAUAUCUUCACCUUGCCUUUACAGCAUCUCCAUGUGUUAAAUCUCUACCAAUUGUUGUUUUUAAAUGCUAAUGUGCCUUAUUGUCAUUGUAGAAGAUUUGUUAGCACAAGAAUUUUCUAUCAAAUGUGGUAAAAACUUUGUGAUUUUUUUUGCCACCAUUAAAGGAUAAUAUUUGUGUUUU